CAAUCCAAAAAGAACGAUAACACAUCGUCGAAGCCUACAGACAACAAAGUGAUACGAAGUUGUUGCAGCUCAUCUUCUGUAGUUGGGAAGAACAACAGCAGGCAACCAUCACGCACCUACCCAGUGGCUGAUAAAAGUGCAGAGACUAUGGCAAGAGCAAUUUUCUGCAAAUGGUUAGCCGAUGGGUGUCGUUGGCCGGAAGUAGUCUUAUCAGGCAGAGGAGGGGAGUUUGAAAACAAAAUAAUGGAGGAAACGGAAAGUAUGGCAAAUAUAAAACACAUCUCCACAAAAUGA